AUGACGAACGGCCGUCAGUCAGUGAACGCGAUAUUCCGUCACUCCGACGACAACGACGCCAGCGUACUCCGUCGAACCGACGAUAACGACGCCGCGUCUUUCGCAGCGGUGUCAGCACGGUGGUCCGCGCUGCGCGCAGCGGCGCUGCGCCGCGGCGGGGCGCGCCGGCUGCGUCGCGAGAUCGCCGCUCUGAGGGAGACCCUCGACGAUGUCUGCGAGCCGGGCGACUGCGCCCCCCAGCCCCACACCAGGGCCCAGCUCAACCGGAGAAUCGACGAGCUGAAGGAGCGUCUGUCGCGGCUGUUAGAGUGCAAGGUGUCUAUGCUGAAGCUGACUGUGUCCGUUCGCCGAACCCUCGGCGAGCUUGGCUCCGAUGACAACGGCCUAACAGACGACCUGACCAACCUGCUGGCCGCCUGGGACGACGCUCACCAGCGAACGUCGAACGAACUGCUCUCGCUGGAGAAGGCGGUGUCCGCUUGGGCCGAAUGGGAGGGCGCUCUGCGUGAGCUCCAGGGCGCUCUACGCGGCGACAUGGCAACUCUUCAAGCCUUGAGGGACCGCGGCGGCGACGAGCCGGACGUCGCUAAGCAGAUACGCCAACUCGCGGCGUCGCUGGUAGACAAGAAGAAGGGUGGAUCGACCUGCGACUCGCUUUCGGACUCAGGCAUAUCCGACGGCGACAGCGAGGCGGCGGGGGGGCGUGCGCGUCGCUUGGGCGCGCUCCGCGAACUGGCCCGUCGGCUGCAGGCCGCGCUCGCACCCAAUUCUCCCGCGCACCGCGCCAUCGCCAAACGUAUGGAACAAACUGAGAACGAGGUGAAAACUUUGCAAGAAUCGUGUCGCGCUCUCGUGGAACAGAGUAUACCCGAUCUGAAAAUUGACGAUGACACUGACAGUGUGAGUACAGUGGCCGGAAACAAAACCGGUGCGGGGGAUCCCGAUUACAGCCCACGAAGCGGUUGGGUGUGGCGCGUUAUACGCUCCUCACUGCCCAUACAACUUUGCCUCGUCGCUUUGCUCUUGGCCGCGUGGCUGGUGGAAAGGCCGCGCUGUUGCGACGCACUAAACUCGCUCGCCCAAACACUGACGCCUCAACUUCGUUACGUCCGCGGACCACCGCCCAUG